UGCUGAUUGCUGACUGCUUUCCGUCCUCCACUUCCUCUUCCUGUCUGUCCGUCUCCCCUUUCUCACUCACGCUUCGCUUUCUUUCCCGAUUCCCCAGAGUCGCUCCCCUCUCCUUCUCACUCCUCGCGAUCCACAGCGAGCGCAAGACAGACUAGGGUGGAAGGGAUAGAGAUGGGGGAGGCGGGGAGGAGCUCUUGGCUGGUACACAUUCUGGUGAUCGCCCUCUCUCUCACCGCCUUCGGCUUCGCCAUCGCCGCCGAGCGCCGCCGCAGCACGGGUUCAAUAGUUACAGACAGCUUCAAUUCCACAUUUUGUGUUUAUGACUCCGACAUUGCUACGGGCUAUGGUGUUGGUGCAUUCCUAUUUCUCCUCUCAGGGCAGUCACUUCUUAUGGGAGUUACAAAGUGCAUGUGCUUUGGCAAACCACUUGCACCCGGUGGAAGCAGAGCCUGGUCCAUCAUAUACUUUGCAUCUUCAUGGAUUGCAUUCAUAAUUGCUGAGUCCUGUCUGAUUGCUGGAGCAACGAAGAACGCAUACCACACCAAGUACAGACAUAUGAUAUAUGCAGGGAGCUGGACUUGUGACUCUCUACGGAAAGGAGUGUUUAUUUCGGGAGCAGUCUUCACGGUGCUCUGCAUGAUUCUGAAUGUAUACUUCUACAUGUACUACACAAAAUCGACGAGCCAAGCUGCCAAAAAGAUCAACACGACAACCCGUAUUGUUGGUAUGACUGGUCAUGCAUGAGGAAUAACUCUAGUUUGAUGAAACUUAUUUGUGCACGGCCUGUACGGCUGUACUAGAGAAGGACCGCACCCGUGGAGCUCACCAUGACUUUAUUUAUCUAAAUAGAAAGAACUAUGUGGUCUAAACUAGUACCAGAAAGAGUUUAUUUUUUUACCUGGCGUUGGAACAAUCUUAACUAUAUGUAUUGAUGAAGAGUGAAGACAUUUAGCAUAGUUUUAAGUGUGUUUCUUUCUUUA